GGCAGCGGCCACCAGUCGGCUCCCCGCCUCCCGGACAGAGCCUUGGUCAGCAUGGGAAUGACAGGCCCUGAGUCUGAAGAGUUAACUAAAAAUUAAAAUGUGGGCUAGACAGCUAGGUGCCUCACAGAGAAGAGGACACUGGAGAGGUGCCAGUGGAUUUCCCUGCUGCAGCAAGGAGUCAGUGGACGUUGUGGAGACGCAGAGUGCCACAACCCCAUGCCAGUUCCAGCUGGCACAAGAAGAAGAUGAGUCUGAGCUGGAGGAAGAAUUGCUAGAACUGGAGCCCAUGCAGAAAGUGGACCUGGACCUGAACCCAGAAGUGGAGCUGGAGCUCCAGCCAAAGCCCAAGGAGGGCCCUGAGCGGCAGGAGGACAGGAUGGAGUCGCUCCAGUCCUAUGCGCAGCAGGACAUCGGUCAGUGGAGCAUGAAGUCCAGUUCCAGCUACCUGAGUUCUGCAGAGGAGGACCAGGCGCCCGCCCACCAUCGCUCCAUCCGCGUGCAGACCUCCAAGCACCUCUUCUGGGCAGACAAACUCAUCCAGGCUUCAGAACACAGCCUGCAGCAGGCGGUCGGCAUGCAGCUGGACAAGAAAAGCAUGGGUAAGGCCACCAGUCAUCAGAACCCGGAGUCUGACCCCAAGGACACCACGGCCUCCAAGCAGCAGCUCCAGAGCCCCGGCACCCGGCCAGCUUCUCCAGCCACAGACCCCCAGCAGCCAUCAGAGCCCCAUUCGACCUCCCCCAGUCCCCCGCCAGCCAUUGGCCUAGCAGAGCUGAUCAACUUUGCGUCCUCCUUGGCCGUGGCUUCGUCCAGCAAGAUAGACUUGCCCAACUUGGAGCGUAUGAUCAAAGCUCCCCCACAGAAAGCUGAGCCGCUGCCAGCCAUGGAGCAGCCAGAGAAGGAAGGGUUCGCUACAGAGUUGUUAGAGAAGCCACUUGAAGCCGGGGAGCCACAGAAGGCGUGGAAGCAGGAAGACAAGAGCAUCCCCCACACUUACCUUGACUUCAGCAAGCCGGGGGUCAAGAAGGCCACCAUCGAGGGGGAAGUGAAGCUUCUCCAGGCACCGGUCAUAUCCCCGGUCAUGACCCCUCUGCCUCAAGGAGCCGUGAAAGAGCCUCCACAGAAGCCUCCACGACUGCCCCCACCAGACCUGGGAGGGGAGCAGCCCUGCAGGACGCAGAAGGGGAGGCCGCAGCAGCCGCAGAAGCCCCCUGCCCCACUGACCCAGGUGGAGCCAGCAUCCGUCAAGGCCACAGGGGCUGAGCAGGCUCCCCAGAGGACCAGGGAGCACAAGCGCCUUGCAGCUACCCGUUCAGUGCAGUCAGGCUCAGGUUCUGGGCCUCAGAGCAGAAGGAGCUUUGCAGACGAGAACCUGCUACCCAUGACACCCCGGCAGCUGGCAGCGUUCCAGGAGAUUUUCAAACUGUUCAGUUCCAGCCCGACAGGCACUGUGGACAUGCGCAGCAUCAGAGCUGCCCUACGCAACGUGGGUAUCCAGCUGAGCCCACAGGAGAUGUGUGAGGCUCUGCAGCAGGCGGACCUGGAUGGUGAUGGAACUGUAAGCUUCAAAGAUUUCCUGGGGGUCCUCACCGACAGCUACCGCCUGGCUCAGUGCUUAGGCCAGGUGAGGAACAGCCAUGACCCCCACGGCCUGCAGACCCUGUUUUUAGAGAUUCUGUUCAAGCUGAUGAGCCAGGGCUUUGUCUCCCACAAGUUGGUGCAGGAAGUGAUGAGCUACUACACCAAGAAGCGGCGGGCUCUGCGGCUGAACCCAGACUGGAAGGGCCGGUGGCGUGGCCACAGCGGCUCCCGCGCUCACGCGGGCCUCACCUUCUUCUGCCAGGCAGCGCGCCUCAGCGGCCUCUCCAGCGACGAGCUGGAGCUUUCGCUGAACAGACUAAACAAAGCGGAUGCGCGCAGCCCCUACGCUCAGAUCCCUAACUUGGCCAGGCGGACACCGCCAGAACACAGGUCGUGGAAACGAACCCCACGCCCUGACGUCCGAGGUCCCAAGUCCUGCCAGCUCAGCAGCCGCAAGCUUGGGUCCAGCCAGAGGUCUCUCAGCCCCAAGUUCAUGGGACAGCCACCAGACCACGUGCACCCCUUGAAGUUGGCUCCCUCGCCCCCAACUCUAGUGCAGAAGCAGCCCUUCUCCCCUUCGCCAGCCCGUCUGCAGAAACCUGCUGUGAAAAACGUGUACAAGUAAACCGUUUGCGGAGAAAAACAA